UAUUGUUUGCUGCCCACUAAUAGAGACGAAGAAUCGUGUUGGGUAAAAUGGGUGCACGGGUCGUGCGAAUGUUUAGAAAUUUCAAUCUAGAAAACAGGAUUGAGCGAGAAAUUUCGAAGGAAAAGCCUCGGUCUGCGCCGAGGCACCAGCUCACUCAACCGACCUCCACUGGUCAAAAUGACGCAAAUACAUUUUCGGCAGAAGUAUCGGGAGCUGUCCACCAGAAGAACGAUCCUCUAUUGUUAAAUUUGAAGUCAGUGUUUGUGGAGUCGAAAGAUAAAGCAGCCGGCCCAGUUAAGUCACGAAAGGACCUGUCUGCGGACGGAGGAGCAAAGACACGUCCGAUAAAGUUCACUCUCCCCAACGACUCACAAGGCCUUGCAAAUGUGCAGAACAUUCCUCACGGCAAACUGACCAUCACGGAGGCUCUGAAGGCUCUCGGCAGCCACCAGAAUCAGCCUCAAACAUGGACAUCGCAGAAGAUAUCAGAAGAAUAUUCUCUGAAUUUGAAAGAAACCAAUUCUCUUCUUGAGUUUUUCGUCCCGUUUCAAAUUCAGAUUAUCCCACCCCAGACUGCAAAGGUUAAACAAUUGAAGGGUUCAUAGGAAUAAAUGAUGAAUAACAAAAUACACUUUGUAUAGAAUCUAUUAAUGAGCAGAAUGAACUUGUAUCGUGAAAAUAAUUUAAAUAAAUAUGAAUCUUUUUCUGUAAAUCA